UGAGGACCAAUCAGAGUCGCGGAGGUGCAGAGAGGCGGGUUUAAGGGUGACAUCUGAGCCUUAAAGGGUCCGAGUCAGCUGACCGACUCCCGAACCUGUGUAGUCUAGCGGCCGGGGUCGCCGCAGUCCCAAGCAAAGAUGACUGGGAAGCGACCCGGCGCAGCACCCCGGGGCAGACCCUGGGAGCCGCAGACGCUGGGCUUCUGGGGACGCUGCAGGACUCAGGUGUUUGCCGUGAUCCUCCUGCUGCUGCUGCUGUCUCUGACAGAAUUCGGGGCUAGGGCUGAGAACGACUUCGGUCUGGUGCAGCCGCUGGUGACCAUGGAGCAACUACUGUGGGUGAGCGGGAGGCAGAUCGGCUCAGUGGACACCUUCCGCAUCCCGCUCGUCACAGCCACUCCUCGGGGCACGCUCCUCGCCUUUGCCGAGGCCAGAAAAAUGUCCUCUUCUGAUGAGGGGGCCAAGUUCAUUGCCCUGCGGAGGUCCAUGGACCAGGGCAGCACAUGGUCCCCUACAGCAUUUAUUGUAGAUGACGGGGAAAUCCCUGAUGGGCUGAACCUGGGGGCAGUGGUGAGCGAUGUCGAGACAGGAGUGGUAUUUCUUUUCUACUCCCUCUGUGCUCACAAGGCUGGCUGCCAGGUGGCCUCCACCAUGUUGAUAUGGAGCAAGGAUGAUGGCGUUUCCUGGAGCCCACCCCGGAAUCUCUCCCUGGAUAUUGGCACUGAAGUGUUCGCCCCUGGACCAGGCUCUGGCAUUCAGAAACAGCGGGAGCCACAGAAGGGCCGUCUCAUCGUUUGUGGCCAUGGGACACUGGAGCGGGAUGGUGUCUUCUGUCUCCUCAGCGAUGACCACGGUGCCUCCUGGCGCUACGGGAGUGGGGUCAGCGGCAUUCCCUAUGGUCAGCCCAAGCGAGAAAAUGAUUUCAACCCUGAUGAAUGCCAGCCCUAUGAGCUCCCAGAUGGCUCAGUCGUCAUCAAUGCUCGGAACCAGAACAAUUACCACUGCCAUUGCCGGAUCGUCCUCCGCAGCUAUGAUGCUUGUGAUACACUAAGGCCCCGUGAUGUGACCUUUGACCCUGAGCUCAUAGACCCUGUGGUAGCUGCAGGGGCUGUAGCCACCAGUUCCGGCAUUGUUUUCUUCUCCAACCCAGCUCAUCCAGAGUUCCGAGUGAACCUGACCCUGCGCUGGAGCUUCAGCAAUGGUACCUCAUGGCGAAAAGAAACGGUCCAGCUAUGGCCAGGGCCUAGUGGCUACUCGUCACUGGCAGCCGUGGAGGGCAGCAUGGACGGCAAGGAGCAGACCCCCCAGCUCUACGUUCUGUAUGAGAAAGGCCGGAACCGCUACACAGAGAGCAUCUCCGUGGCCAAAGUCAGUGUCUAUGGGACGCUGUGAGCUGUGCUCCUGCCACCAGGGUAGCAGGCCCUGGACUCAGCCUUCAGGACCCCAGGUCUGUAGAGGGUCUGCUGGAGUGCCUAAAAGACAGUUCCAUCUCCCUGUAGAUUCUAGCCUUUUGUAAAAUCAGCUUCUCUUUGCCAGGGAAAUCACUUCGUUUAGGACUAAAAGCCUGGCUUCCACUCCCACACAGGAAGUUCUGCCCUCACCUGGAAGCACUUUCUUUUCACAUGGCCAGGUGUGACUCCCUACCCUUUCUGCCCUCCCAGGACAUUGAUUGAUCCUGUCUUAGGCAGGGCUCGUGGGCCCAUAGAAUUGGAUAAAUGUGAACUCAGGGAAUGGGGAAGGCUGAGCUUCCUCUUUAGGACUGAGGGAAGAUACUGGCUUUGAAGAGAACUGGUGAAAAUCCCCAGAGGACAAGAUAUUUGGUUUCAGGAUAAGAAACUAGGUGCACCACCCCCCUUGACUAUUUAUGAAUCAAAAUGUUUGUAAUUUAAGAUUUUUAAUGAAGGAGAGUGAACAUUUGUAGAGUCUCUGGUUUUGUCAAU